UCAAGUAUAUACUUAAUUAUUAUAAACAUAUCAAAAUUUGAGAAAAUUCUACUCAAAUAGUUCAGUCGAAAUAAUUACAACAUAAUCGAGAAGAACUAAACGUAAUGCAGGGCAGAUGAUUUUCGUUAUUCAACCAUCUGUCAGCAUGAGCCCAUCACUACGAUUGCAGCUAUCUUUAGACCGCAGUAGGGCCAAAUUGUAACUAACUUCGGGGCAUUGCAAGAUGAUUGUCCCGGGCAAUGCCCUUUCGUUAUUGAGUUUCUGAACGCAGCCAGUCCCCGCCUGCCUCUAAAAAGAAUAUGGCGGCACCGACGUCGUCCCAGUGUAACGCUUGACAUUAUUACACGAAUAUUACAAAAACUUUGUAUUAAAAUGUGAAAACCAUGAAUUAAAACAAGUGGUGUUGUGUAAUUUAAGUGUAUUUAAUGAUGUGCCGGACCGGGAUGUGCCGAUUUGGAAUCGGGAACUGGAUUUUUUUGAUCGCUUCGGCACAUUUGUUUACAUACGUCCAAGGUAUCGACGAGCUAGUCCCAGAUGAAGGAGUCCGGUUGACAUCAGAACCGCACGAUGCAGUGGUAGAAGAGGGGGAUUCUGUCCUACUGAGCUGUGCUGCAGCCAGGGGGGCUAGGAUACACUGGAGACACCGAGCCGAUGGUCCACCUAGACGGGAUGAUGCAUUGUCCAGCGAGGAUAAAUACAGAAAACAGCUGGCGAACGGUUCUCUAAUGAUAGAGAGCAUGUCUGCGACGCUGGCGGGGCAUUACCAGUGUGUGGCCACGGGGAGCGCGGGCAGCGUGGUGUCGAGGGUCGCCCUGUUGUAUUUAGCGGAAGUCCCACCACUCAUACCAGGCCCCCGUAGUAUCCUAGGCACAGUAGGAGCUCCAGCACUCCUCCCCUGUGGUGUCUCCUCCCCUCCAAGAGUAGCUGUGAGACUGCAAGGACCAGCAGCAUUACCAGAAAGGAAGGUUUACUCCGCAGCCAGAUUACACAGUCCGCCACCAGUUCUCAAGCUUAACGUAACUUGGCUGAAGAACGGCUCACCAGUAAGAUUGGAAGCAGCGCGGGUGUCAGUGACCCCCAGCGGAGCGUUAGAACUAGAUCCACUGCGACCGCAUGAUGCAGCGAACUAUCGGUGUCGGGUAGCUCUAUCACCACAUAAACAUAGGACGGGCGAAGAGAUCGAGCUGCGCGUGAGCACGGAGUCGCCAGACGAGGAGCCACCUCGAUUUGUCGCGACCCCACAACCCAUCACCGUCAUCGAAGGAGCGUCGGUGACGUUCGACUGCGCGGCGGUGGGCAACCCUAAACCAGAGAUCACGUGGCUCAACAAUGUAGGAGUCGCUAUCGACCUCAAUGACCUGGAUUCGCGGUUCUACCUGGUGGGAUCCGGGUCUCUGCGGGUGCAGGCCGCUAGAGGCCUUGACGCCGGUAGUUACACAUGUCGAGCACAUUCGCGGCUGGACUCUGCUGAUAGCGCUACUACCUUAACAGUAUUGACGGCACCUCGCGUGUCGCUGCCCGGCGGCGCGGUGGUGGUGGCGCGCACGCGCGGCGACGUCACGCUGCGCUGCGACGUGCGCGGCCGCGGGGCCGCCGUGGCGUGGCUCAAGGACGGCGAGCCUCUAACGCCUAAUCAGCAUGACAUCGCGCUCGUGGAUGGGUCAUCUUUACGCAUCCAAGGCGUGCUCCGCGUGGACGCGGGCAUGUUCCAGUGCGCGGCCAGCAGCGCGGCCGGCAGCGCCGCGGCCGCGCUGCGGCUCGUCGUGCUGCCGCCGGACGACGAGCUGGGUUCCCUCCCCUCCCCUCCCGACGUGUUCAACGCGCUGGUCCCCUCCGAGCCCGACUUCCUGGGCGAGACGGCGCCCGCGUUCACGCUCCCACCCGACUACUAUGAUUACACGCUCACCGAAGGACUGGAGCUCGGCCGGGAGAAUGGGACCAUCGUGUCGCCGCCGAGAGAGUUCAGGGCGGUAAUCGUGAAGCAUCGCUUCGUGACGCUCAGCUGGUUGGAGCCGGCGAGGAAGAUGGAAGAAGUUGUGGGGUUUGUGGUGGUGUAUCGGGUCAAAGGGAGCGAAAGGGAGCGCGUCUCACGCGGCAGCGCGACGCGGUUCGAGAUGAACGUGGCAACUCUGCAACCGAACACAACCUACUUGUUCAGCGCACGCGCACUCACGCUCAGCGCCAUCUCGCCGCCUACUGAGACAAUCGAAGCGCACACGGCCCCAGAAGAGCUAAGCUUCGGGCCCCCCACCAACGUGAAAGUGGAAGCCGCCGGUCCUCACAGCCUCCGCGUCAAGUGGUCACCGCCAGCUCAAGAACCUCCACCACCGCACUACACCGUCCAUUAUACCGAGGUGGAGACAGGGCGCGAGCAAGUGGUGACGGCCGCCGCGGACGCGGGCGGGGGCGCGGCGACGCUGGGCGGGCUGCGCGCCGCCGCCGCCUACUCCGUGGCCGUGGCCGGCGCGGGUGGCGCGCCCGCCGAGCCGCUGCUGGCGCGGACGCUGGCGCUGGCGCCGCUGGCGCCGCCGGCCAAUGUCAGCGCUGAGCCGGCUUCGCCCACUUCGAUCCUGGUCCGCUGGGAAGCCCCGGCGGCGCGCACGCAGCGCGGCGCGCUGACCGGCUACAAGGUGCGCUUCCGGGCCGCCGGCGCGCGCCGCAAGGCCGACUCGCUCACCACCCCCGCUGACGCGCGCCGGGCGGAGCUGAGAGACCUCGACCCUCAUACUACAUACCAGAUCCGCGUAUGCGCCAUCAACGCGAACGGAUCGGGGCCUUUUAGCGAGUGGCUGACAGCGGCCACGCAGGCGCGCGCGCAGGACGAGUCGAAAGUACCGCCGCAGCCACCUCCACUCAGCACUCGCGCCGGUCGCGACUGGAUCUCAGUGUGGUGGGAGGAAGGGUCGGAAGGGGGCUCCCUCAUCCGCGGGUACCGGCUCGGCUGGGGGCUCGGCGUGCCCGACGUGCACGGGAAGGACCUGCCCGCUGCCACACAUCAUCAUGUCAUCAGAGGGCUGGAAUCGAACGCAGAAUAUGUGAUAUCUCUCCACGCAUCGAACGCGCUAGGCGCGGGGCCGCCGGUGUACGCCACUGUGCGGACCAAGGCCGCGGCGGAGGGCGAUGACCUCGACGAGGAUGAGGAGGACGAGGAGGAUGAGGAAGACGAGGAGGAACGACCUCCGUUAAUACCACCCGUCGGACUUAAGGUGAUAAUGCUGAGCGGCAGCACGGCCGUGGUGUACUGGACCGACCCCACGCUACCUAAAGGACAGACCGCAACGGACGGGCGGCGCUACGUGGUGCGCUACGCGGCGGCGGGCGCGGGGCAGCGCGCGCGCAGCUUCAACGCCACCGACCUCAACUGCAUGCUCGACGACCUCAAGCCCUUCACGCUCUACGAGUUCGCUGUCAAACUCAUUAAAGGUGGGCAAGAGUCGGCGUGGUCCAUGCUGGUGUCGAACACGACGCUGGAGGCGGCGCCGGCCUCCGCCCCGCGCGAGCUGCGCGCCGCGCCCGCCGCGCCCGCCGCGCGCGCCGCCGACCUGGCGUGGGCGCCGCCCGCCAAGCCCAACGGGGUCAUUACAGGCUACACGAUAAUGUACGCGCCGGCGGGCGCCGGCGCGGGCGAGUGGACGGUGCAGAAGGUGGAGGGCGAGCGCGUGCGCGCGCGCGUGGAGCGCCUGCGCGCGCGCACCACCUACUCCUUCAAGGUGCAGGCCAAGAACAGCAAGGGCGUGGGCCCCUUCUGUGCGCCUAUUUCAUAUACCACUGGUAUUGACACGGGCGGCGGUGGCCUGGCGGGUGCCACGUCGGCGUGGCUGUGGGCGUCAGCAGGCGGCGCGUGCGCCGUUUUAGCGCUCGCUGCCGCCUUAGCGUUGUCGCUAUGUUGUCGGAAGGCACCGCCUCUGUCCCCGCAUACCAGCACAUACCAGAAGUCGUCAGCAUCAGCCGGCAUCAAGCCCCCGGACCUGUGGAUCCACCACGACCAGAUGGAGCUCAAGCAUCUGGACAAGAGCCUGCACAGCUCAGCUAUAUCCGCCGGCAGCGUGGACGGGCCCUCCGCACUGGCGUCGUCCACGCUCACACUGACGCGCGCGCCGGCGGAGUACGAGCCGGCGCGCCACGCGCCGCCCGCCAGCCUCGACCGCAGACACUACGUGCCCACUUAUGUCGACCGGCGGUCGCCAUCUUGCGCGGGCUCGGACGACACGGCGCCGCUGCGCGCCUCGCCCGCCUGCAACGUCUGUGCUUAUCGACGUGAGAUUUUCUUUCAUUUAUUUUGUUCUUGUUUUAUUAGUCGUUUUAUUUUGUAAAUGUAAAAAUCAUUUAUUUAGAUAACAGUUCAACGUCUUUAAUUGGUAUUAAAAGUGAAAUUUUGUCGCUAACUGACUUUUUUUUCAAAGUUACAAAUACCAAUUGACGUUUAAAGAGGUCAGAUGAAAAUUU